CGGGUUUAAGCUGCGGGUGUCGUUCCAGAAACCAGACAAGCAAAUUGUUCCCAGUUUUAUUAUCAACCCCACGUUGAACUCUGGACUGAGCAGACAGGUUCUGAAACCUCGUAGACCAAAUAGAUCUAUCAAAGUAGCAUAUUUGCUGCGACUGCCGAUUUUUCUUUGCCGCAUGAAUUUCUCAGCGCUUAAAGUCAGAAAGCAGCACGAGAGAGACAGCGUCAGCGGCACCUGAUACCUAACCAUGACGGCAAACACGAUCAUGAUGUGUUUCAAAGUAGCUCCCAGCUACGUUAGCGGCCCAGAGUUUCAGUCUAGACUGAAGAAAGCUGGGGAACUGGCUUUGGGGGAACUGUCCUCAGAACCCAGACAGUUGGAGGUUGCUAAAGACAAGCUGUUCAUCUUUACUGGGACUUCUGGAAGUCAUGCUGUUUUGAGAACUUAUAUGACUGGACUCGUUACCUUUGAUGUCCAGCACUUUGGAGAGGGAGAGGAGUACGAAUGGAACAAUGGCAAAUAUGACAUGGAGGCUAUCAAAAAAUUGAAAAAGAACAUUGAAGACCUUUUUGGUUCAGCAGUGGAAAAUGCAAACAGUCUUUUUGCUCCCAUUCGACGUGGUGGUCAGGUUUGGACCUAUGGCAUCACAGCAGAUGAGAGGCUGAUGGAGCCAGACUAUGAUAAAGUGUCCUUUGAGACCAACUCUCCAUGGCAGAACAUCAAGAUCAUGCACUCCAGAGAGCUUGGGAAUGUUUUGUUGCUUGAUGAUGAUAUCAUGCUUGGUGAGAGUGACCUAAUCUACACACAAACAUUACUUGGACUGGGGAACCCUAAGCGUGAGAACUACGAAGGCAAGGAGGUUCUGAUCCUUGGUGGAGGGGAUGGAGGCAUCUUGCACGAAUUGUUGAAGGAGAACCCAAAAUUUGUUACCAUGGCAGAAAUUGAUGAAGAAGUCAUCAAAGCUUGCCGUGUUCACAUGAGAAGUGUUUGUGGAGACAGCAUGGAUAAAUUUGAAGGGAAUAACUAUAAGAUCAUCAUUGAAGACUGUAUCAAGGUUAUGAAGGAGGACCUAGAGCAGGGCAAGAAGUACGACUUUGUUAUCAAUGACUUGACAGAAUUUCCGGUAGAUAAAGAAAACUAUGGAUUUGCCUAUGAUUUCAAGACCACCCACUUGGUGAUGGAGCUGGCUCUGCAGCUGCUUAAACCGCAAGGAAAGGUUCUGGCAAGGGGCAACAGUAAGAGUGCUGUGGAUUACUAUCCGCUAGUCGAUGAAGAUAUUAUCAAGCUUGGUGGACAGUUUAAGCGUAGAGAUGCUUACGUGCCAUCUUUUCGUGAAACAUACUGCCUUUAUGAAAUAUGGAAGGUUUAAACUUGCUGUGGGCAAAGAACCAAAUAGGUGCAGAAGCUUCCUGUUUAUAAGAACCUAGAAGACAUAUUUUUUCUUUAAGUUUUAAUAUGAGUCGGUAUUCAUUAGUGAUUUUAUCUUUAUUUUACUUUCAGUCAAUAUGAACUAGAUAAGUUGGUUUUUAAUUUUACUUCUGCUAUGAAUUACAGCAUUACUUUUAGAAGUCUCAUAAAUGGACAUAAAUAGACAUGGAACAUGUUUCUCUUACAUUUUCAUUUUGCAUAAUUCUUAAUUUGCUUCAUUCUUUUAAUCCAAGAAGCAUGAUACACUUUUAUGUGAAGAAAAUAUGCAAACUUUUAAGUUACUUGUAGAUUUAUCAUCCUCUACAAUGAUUAGAAUAAAAUUAACUUUGGCCCAAAUAAUGUCAAAUUUAAAGAUAUAUAUAAACCUUUUAUAUAUUUCAUCACAUCCCUUACAGAUUUGCAGUAAACUUUUUAAUUUGGAAAGUACAGAAAGAAAUAUAAAUCAAUUAAUUCAGAGAAAAUAUAACAGUUUGGUAUAUCAGUUUGGUUUUACAUUUCAAUUUCAACACAUUGGAAGAGUGCUGAAAAGGUUGCAAGAUAAUGAUAAAUAAAUGACACCAAUUACAAUAAUUGAAUUUCCUCAAACUGAUUGAACAUUAUCUUGUAUGCUUUCUUUCAAAACAGACUGACUUCAAGUCCAAUGUCCACCUCUAUUUUGGUUGUAAGGUCUCUGGCCUGGCCUAUCAUUAUAACUGUUGUAUCUUUGUUGAUCUCGUCUCCCUUCAUGAAAAUGUCUGUCUUGUCCUUGCCUGUGAUCAUGAUAAUGAUGAUAAUUCUGUCCAUGUCUGUCACUAUAUGGAUGAUACCUGUCUCUUUGCCUAUAAUCUGAGUGAUGCCCUCUCCCUCCGCGGUGUUGGUUAUAUC